UUUCUAGAUGAAGCAGGCUAGUUGACGAGGGGGUGGGGUCUUUUGAUGUUGGAGUGAAGCUGUACUGAAGGUUAGACAACUCAAUUCGACUGUAUUAGAAGAUAACACUAACACUAAAUUCUUAUGCUGAAAUAUUCACUAACACUAAAUUCUUAUGCUGAAAAUUUUCACUAUCAUAGUAUAUUCUUAUGAAGCUGAAGACAUGGAAAUCGUGGUACUCGCUUGUCAUCUAUUAAGCAGUAUUUUUUAAUUCAAAUAACCUCAUUCGUAUCGUGUUUCUAACUCAGUCUAAUCGUAUCGUGUUUCUAACUCAGUCUAAUCGUAUCGUGUUUCUAACUCAGUCUAAUCGUAUCGUGUUUCUAACUCAGUCUACUACUUGUGCUAUGCUUAGAUUUCUUGAAGAGUGGACCCUCAGUCCACCUCUCUCAAGGAUCUAAUGUGCGUAUCGUUUUUCUAACUCAGUCUACAUUCGAGAUGAGCUAUUUCUUGCUCAGUCAUCGAUAAGAAAAAAAUCUGUUUAUUUCCUUUCUCAAACAAAAACGCCUAAGAAUGAAGAUCGUGAUCAUUUUAGACUCCCAAGAAUCAUCUCGGCAGUUUCGUAUCGUGUAUCUAACUCAGUCUAAUUUAGAGAAAACAAACUCUGUCUAUUAUUUUUGGAUUUACUAACGUCAACUAACAAAAACAAGUAAGUAUUAAGAACAACUCUGAUUCUGAUUCUGUUGAAGUAGAUAUCAAGUCAACAUUACAAUAUCCCUAAAAUCGUUAUCGUGCCAUCCGGUGGCGGUGGGGUGGACUGGAUCCAUCACGACCAUUUCAUCACCCUCUCAAAUUGGACAGACGAGUAAGAUUCUCACAUGUUUUUUUUCUCAGUUUUGAUCUUCCGAAAUUAGCUUCUUAACAUCUCAGGUCGUAGUAUUCUUGUCGCCAACAUUUAACAAUGUCAUUUGUUACUUUCUCAUUUUCUCAAACAACUCAAACAGAUUGAUGAAAUUUUCUAAUAACUUAUCUUAAGCCUUUUUAACCUAAAUUUUGAAUAUAACUUUCAAGCAGAAAUGGCUCACGCCAAUAAGCUGUUAAAAGAUAUUGUGAUUUCAGACUAGCUCAUCCAAUUUAGUACUAGAAAUUUAUAUAUAUGACUUCUACGAUUUAUCAACAGAACAAGAAAAUCCGGAACCAACCAGCUAUGACUAUCAUUGUUAUCAGAAUUUCAAGCACUGACCCGAAGAUAUGAACAUUUCGAAGAACGAUUUCAAGAUAAGAAUUUGAAGAUUUGAAAGUUUGUACUCAGCAACCAAACGAAAUCUAAAAAACUUGGUUACUUUCAUUAUUCGACGUAUUUUAUGCAGUUUUCGGUAUAUUUUGACGACAUUUUCAAAAAACCAAGAAUCGAAGUUUACUCAUCAGGUAGUACAGUUUACUACAACAAUAACAACAAGAUUCAAAGAAAAGUACAUCACAGAGUCAUUUUCAAGUUGAAGAUUUUGCCUAGAAGCUUUCAAAGAAAUAUCGUUAUAACUUAUCAAGAAAAGCAGAUGAAGAUUGUCAGAUUAAUUUUGAAGAUUGUAUCCAAAUCGUAUCACACUACGUAAGAUUGUUUUGUAUUGGUUUUCAGAUAGGAAAAUGGAGAAUAGAUUGUUUAUUUCUAUGGUGACAGAUUUUGAUUUUGAUUUAUUAACAGAUUCAGAAUAGCAAAGGAAUUUAGAGCAAGCAGGGGUUGGCAAGAUUUCUGACUAAGAUGAAGCAACAAAGAAGUUAUGGUAUGCUGCUUUAUUCAUAUUGUGUAGCUUCAGUGCUGUUGUUUCUUGCGGAAGUUGAAGAAGCGAUAGCACGUUGUCCAUGCUGAUUAGAUUUCAACAAAGGUUAAAGCUUCAAUGUAGUCGAAAACAAGUCAAAUCGAUUGAACAGAAGUGUUUACCUCUACAUAGCAUUGAAAAUCUUUCCAGAACAGAAUAUGUGUACGCCCAGUAAAAAAAAACAGACUCCCAUGUCGAAUUCGUCUACUACUACAGCACCAACAAACAGUUUCACCCUGAGUUCUACUGCUCAUAAUCUAUCAUACUAGGUGUGCGCCUGCUUCAUGUGGAGGUGAUGUCACAACAUGGUCGUGUGCACAAAUUUUAGUCGGUCCCCGUCUCUCACCUUUGAGGGUCUACAUCAUAGCAGCAUGCAAGAUGAACAUCAUCCUACGUCUAUUACGUCUUUUUCCGUCUACAUGCAUGUCUCUCUUGUAUCAUAGAAUAGCUUCUGAGCUUGUUUUUACAGCAUCUCGCUAAUGCUCUUAGAAGCAAGCUCGACAGCUUUAGUAUUGCAGCGACUCUAGUUUGGAGUCAGGAAUUCAUAUCUCUUCAUCAUUCCUUGUUGUAACGAGGGGGAAUAUAGUUGUCUGUGUGAUUCAGUAUGUAAAUAAACAAGUGAUCAGUCCAUUUUUUCUAAUGGCAGAAGAUCAUGUGUGAUUUUGACACCAAUUAACGUGUCUGUGCAAUGCUGCCGCCACCCUGCUCUAAAAAACUGCUGCUCGAGAAACAACAAAAACCGUAAAUUGUGAACCGAUGGAUAAGAACAACUACUGUGAUAAUGUUGUGAUUUCGAAGAAAAAACUUCAGCUUAAUAUCAUGUCAAGAAUGAUUUUUCACUCAAAAAAUUUUCUUAUCAUCUUUCUGCG